GUGCAGUGUGGUGUCAGUGCUGACAGACGACGCGUGAGCGCGACUCCUGUCGGUUACUUUGUUAAACAUGCAGUAGUUGAGUGAUGACAAAACUGCGUUGGUGUAAAACGACAAUUGGUAAAAAAAAACAUUGUGAAUUUCACUGUAAGGAAAUCAAAGAGGAGGAUAUGGAACAAUUGUUCAUUCCGAUUCAGUGAUAAUUAGUUGGUUGAUAGAUGUAAAAGAUAUUGUGUUAAUUCCAAUGUCGGACAUCAUUAUGACGCAAGUGCAAGGUGCGCGAAAGGCGCAGUGAUCCGUGCGGAAACUCGACAUCAAUCGAGACAGGCUGUUCUCUGUACGAUGGAGUCUAUAAGAAAAUGGUUCUACAGGCCUAAGAGAGAUGAUACAAGUCUUUUGGCUCAGUUCUUCUAUGCCAACGAGGCUCUAACGGCUGUUGCCUGCGAAUUGGAUUCAUUUGAUGGGAGACAAGAACCAGAACGAUGCACGAUACUUGUCAAUCAACUGCGCCACUGCCAGGACAAAGUUUUGACGAUAUGCAAUCAAAUAAUGGACGAGUUGAUACCUGAAAGUCGUGCAAAUCGAGACUUUAGAGUCAAGUUUCCGGACGAUGUUAUGCAGGAGAAUCUUGCCGGACAAUUGUGGUUUGGCGCCGAGUGCCUGGCUGCGGGUUCAUCGAUAAUGAAUCGAGAAGUUGAGAGUUCUGCGAUGAGACCCCUUGCCAAAGCUCUCACAAAGUCUCUAGAAAUCGUACGGAAUUUACUUAGAGAACACGCUCUCAAGGGCCACAUGAACUUAAAGGAAUUGUUCCAGGCGCAGAAUCCAUUGGAGCCGACGUUAGAAAAACUUAUUGAAUCACUCAAGAUUUUUGAUCGUCUCUUUGCUGACUUUGAACUGUGUUAUGUUGCGGCAAUGGUGCCUGUUAAAUCAACCAAGGAGUAUGAACAACAAGAGCUCGUUUGUGUGCUCUUCUCUGAGACACUUCAAAGAGCACUUGAACGGGGUUUGUUGAGUCAAGCCGAUGUUGAUAAUUAUGAGCCAGCCCUCAUGUUUACCAUUCCAAGACUGGCAAUUGUUUCGGGGUUACUAGCACCACCUGGAGGUCCUCUUUGUCUCAAUUCUCCUGAUACAAUCAGUGAAAUGUUUAGACCAUUCAGGAAUUUAUUAUUGAAAAUACGAGAACUUCUUUGGACUCUAAACAAUCGAGAACUUUACAUGUUGGAGAAGCUAUUGUGUUCAAAUGAAGAACCCUCAGCACCGAUAUCUCAAUCAACGAGAAAUGUCUGUCAACAAGAUCUUGAGGAAUUUGUACACAAUUUCUACACAGAUUAUCCAAAUUGCAAGGAUUUUAUUGUAGACUUUUACACAGUGACAAAAAAUACAGGCUCUAAUAUGGAUGAAGUGGCAAACGAUGCAGUUGAAAUAUUGGAGCAAGACAAUGCUAGAAUAGAGUACCUGAUUGAUAAGUCGGACAGAGAUAAGAGAAAAGAGCGAAAACACAAGGUGAGAGCAGAACAUUCCAAUAGUUGUCCCCAUGCUAGAACAGUUAUUAUUCCGAAAGAAGAGAGCAGUGUGCAAGAGUCGAGUGAUGAUACCCAGAUAGAAAUAAUGGGCAAUCAACAGAGGAAUGGAGGAAUGGAUUCACCAUCUAGCCAAUAUUUUGCUGAUUCAGUACACUCGGCAAAUCCAGAAAGUAGUGAAUUUGAUAGAAAUGAGGGUGACAGGAGGAAUGGAGAAGGUUUUCUAAGUCCUGACAUUUCACAGAUUCUUGGGGCAACUGGUAACAUUGAAAUUCCACAAACACAAUAUCUAUUGAAUCAAGUGUCUCAUGAGAACAAUGUAACCGGUGAAACCAUUCACGUUGACAAUUCACUGCCUGACAUGGAUUCGAAAAAGCUCAUUUCCGAAGCUAAUAAAACACUAUCGAGUUUAUUACUCGAGGGUGAGUGUCCAAAUGAAAUAUCAGAACAAACAGAUUCCGGUAUUUGUACAGUGAUAUCAUCGGAGAAUACUAGUUUGUAUGAUAAGAGUCCUGAGGAGAAGAAAACAUUUGCCAAUGAGAUACAACAACAAGACUUGGAGAUGAUUGAUGGAGAUAGAGAUGGAGGCAAUUCAUCAAGUGAUACAUGUAUUGCAUUCUCAAGUUCAUCAACAACAGGGGACAACAAUGUUAGUGACAACUUGUGUAUGCGUGUGAAAAAUGAAAAAACCAUAUUGCUAGAUAACCAAAUGGAAACAUCGAGUCAAAAUAAUUGUACUAGUGAAACAUCAAAAAAUUUACCUAGGAUAUCGUCAAAUUUUAAUGGGACCAAUGAGGAAUUUGUCGGCUUGGCAUAUGGAACUGGACAAAUUACAGUCUGUGAUUCUAAUCAAUCGACCUUCCAAAUAAAUUAUUCGGAAAAUUGGGAGAACCUUAAUCUCAAUAUUGAGGGUUCCAGAACGACCAAGCAAUUUUGGAGGGAUUUGAAAUCCAAAAAUUGUCCAUCUACAUCCCAAGACAUCAACAAAAUUGGUAAUAAUAUUGAAAAAUACGCACAGGACAGGAUAUCGGCACGAAAAACUAAGGAGAAUAAACUGAAGAAGCGCCAGCGCAAGUUUGACCGAAAAAUUGGAAAGAGAGUUCAUGAGGAUAUGCAGAGAAGUCUCUCCUGUAGUGUUGGUAUUGGUGGUGGUGGGCCCUUAUCCCCAAGCACUGAAAGUUCUCGCUCAAAUUCGACUGAUCGUUGUCUAUCGAAUCCGAGAUUGUCACACUUUGGAGCUAGUCUUCAUCCAAGUCAAAACACUAGACAAAUGCCCAAUUUUGGAAGCCACAGUCCGCAGAGAAGUCCUCGUUUGUGUCACUUUGAGCCGAGAUCGGAAAAUUCUCACAAUCAAAUGUAUGGCCACAGAAGUCAAUUAAAUUCAUCAUCUCAAAAUCGAAAAUUAUUGGACCACAGACGAUCGAGAUCAGAACAGUUGGCAAAAAUGAGGAAGAAAGAUACAAAACGUCAAAAUGUUAUUGAACCCCAGAAAGUACUUCCGAAUGAUGGUCUUGGCCCUAGAACGGAGAAAAGUGGCUUAGCCAUUGAAACUUCUCCUCCGGGAAGCACUCACAAAGCCGGUAGAUACCACCAGGACAUGCAGACCAGGACUAUGGAAGAGCAGACUUUAAUUAGAGGAUCUAAUUCGGCAAGUCUAGUUAAUCCUGGUGUUAUUGCUGCCAGAGCAGCAGUAGCAGCCGUAGCAGCCGCCAGCACCACGUCAUCCCUUCUAGAACUUCCAUCUGUUAGAGCUCCGACAGAUGUUGGAUCGAGUUCUAGUUGCUCUAGUUGCUGUGAUUCGAGCUCUGAGACGAGUGAAUUUCAGAGCGACUGUCAGGAUGAUGAGGAAAUUGCACUUGCAAUGCAGGCCGCCGAAAUUGCCAAUAGAAAUCAAAUUAGGGCCAAAUUCAGAUCUUCUGAGGACUUGGUACAUCGACUAUUUGUCUGCAUUGCGGGUGUUGCUGAUCAGUUGCAAACAAAUUUUGCAUCAGAUUUGAGAAAUAUUCUGAAAUGUGUCUUCCUCAUGAAUAGUACACAAGUUGAGAGUAGCGAUGAACUUAAUUCCACUAAUCAACCAACUCAAUCCGAGAGAUUAAAUUCCGUUGAGACGUUAGACAAUGGAGCUGACAUUGAGCGACAGGAUUCUCUUCAAGAGGAAGAUGACGAUCUCGAGGAUGCAACUACAACUAAUGAACGAACUUCCCCAGUGACAGAGAGAGGUGAGGAGUGUGUCGAGAGGGCCCCCGCAUGGAUUCCAGAUAAUGAUGCACCAAGAUGUAUGGCAUGCCAUGCAGGUUUUACCGUCGUCAGACGUCGACAUCAUUGCAGAAACUGUGGCAAAGUAUUCUGUGGCCGGUGCAGCAGUAAUAAUGUGCCCUUGCCACGUUAUGGACAUACAAAACCUGUACGAGUUUGCAACAGGUGUUUUCUCUAUCAAGUGACACCAUUCACAGUGUCACAAGUAACACCAAAUAGCUGAAUACUUUUAUCACCUCCACCACCACAUAAAAACCACAUAUUUUUUAAUAUAAACUUAAUGCUGAAUGCCUUCAUUCGAACUGUAGUCACGUUCGCUAUAUUCAAAGAGUUUCUCCGACAAAAUUUCAACAAGAAUACUUUAUUAACAACAUUCUUCGCCAUUUGCUACUUACUAUGUUUAUGAGAGCUCUAGGGGGAGUUUAUGUAGUUGAAGGUCAGUCAAAAUAACAAUAAUAACAAUAAUAAUAAUAAUAAUCAUAAUGAAUUGGUCUUAUUUCAAGCAUCACACAACUGCCUGUAUAUAAAUAUCUUACAAGAGAGUGUGAAUUAUAAACGCAUCACAAUUAUCUAUUUGUGCCAAAUUCAGAAGACAAUAAAGCUUCUUCUGUCCAUUUCAAGAUAAAAAUGUAAUUCCAAACAUAUAGUGUAAAUAUAAGGCAAAUUAUUUGAUGAGAGUUGGCAAAAAUGGAAGGAGGAAUUUCAUUUUGUGGAACGCAGUAGCAUCUAAUUGUAUUCCUCAAUUCGGAUAAUUUGAAUGUAAAUACUUGUGAAUUAUGAUGAUAAAACAAGGAAAAAUACAAAGAAGACUGUUCAAUUACUACAUGUCAGAGUAUUAACUACCGAAUUUUUAUGACUCCGUUAAAUAUGAUAUUCUAAUUCAAUUUGUUACUUUAGCCCAUGAAGGAAAUAUCAUUUUAAAUAACAAGACAAUUAAAUUACUGAUUUUAUAAUAAACAAGAAACUUGUGACUUUUGAGUUGUUUGUUGAAUCACAUUUUAUAUGAAAUACUUUGAUUUUAAUUAUCUGAUAAUGCUAAUGAAAUUAUCGAGUUGUGUAGAGCUAAUCACAAGGUUCGAAUAAGAUCACGCAAUGACCAAGUCUGAUAUGUAUGCAUAUAUAUAUACAUGUAUAUAUAUAUAUAUACGCACGUGUUUUAUAACAAAUAAUAAUAAAACUGAAGAAAGACAUUCUUAUUCCAUUGAACAUGUAUCCAGUCUUUUCCUAUUUCAUUUCUCCACAUACCCUACAUUACAUAAAUAUCUUAUAUAAUUAUUAUUAUUAUUAUGGAUAUAAAAAUGUAUUUUUGGGCUUUAGUCCCCAUGGAAGGAUGCAAAACUAUCUGUCUAUAUUAUUAAUAGUUAUACAUGUACUCCAAUCACUCUUGAAUUAAAGAUUCUUUGGUAAUAUCAACUUAAUCAACAUUCUACUGCUCACUCGAUUGGGUCUAUAGAUUUAGCAACCUUUAUUAUUAAAUUGAAAUGUGUGAUUAUCUGAAUCAUUGAGAGAUUAAUAUAUAGCGGCAUCAUUGGUAAAUCAACAUCGCUAAAAGUUGAAACAAUUAGAUGGAGAAACAUUAUUUUUUACACGAUCGAAAUGCCUUAUUGUAGGGAAAAAGGUUUCGGUAAUGGACUUUUAACGAUUGACACAACACUGAUUUUGGCUGAUGUGUACAGGUGUGGAUAUUUUUCCUUGGGUGCCUAAAUUCAAACGCCACAUAUUCUCAUGAUUUAUUGAUUGAAAACAAAAAAAAACGCUAAUGAAGAGUAUGUUUUCAUCUCUCUCUCCCUCUCUACCCUUUUUUCUCUCCAGUUAAUGUUGAUACAAGUCGUGCGUGAAGUAAUUAUUUUUAUAUCGUUUGUUUCGUGAGUAAUCGCAUUAUUCUGUAAGAGCGCACUCUUAAUUAAUUUCUACAAUGAAAAGAAGAAGAAGAGAGAAUGUAAUUAAUAAUUUAAGAGACUCUCCGCACCAAGUCAUAUAUUUAUUGUGUGGCGCAAAUCAGUGACGAUUAUACCUAUGUAUACAAUGGAAAAAUGUAUAUACCGAUAAUAACUGUACAAAGUUAGAUAACACUAAUGCGUGUAAUAUAUAAAUCAAUCUGGAAGGAAAUAACUUUAAUCGAUGAACGUGUUUUUUUUAGUCUUGCAGCUGGUACGAAUGUGAAAAUAUCUCUUUUCACUAAUCUUAUCUUUAUGCCAUGAAUUAUGGUUAUAAAUUAUAAAUCAUGUAAAUAUGAAUAAAAUUUGUUAUUUCAAAUGA